UCUCUCUCUCUCCUCACACGGCUCACAUCCCUGUCCUUCUCCCUCCUUUCUCCUCUCUGCUGCAACUGCCCUCAAAGUCCCCUCUGUCAAGAGAACCUCUGUUACUUGAAAUCACGAAGAGAGGGCAGGAAAUGAAAAACCCUGAAAGCCAAGUUCUGUGGUUCUUGAGAUUCUACGGUUUCCUUCUGUGAUUGUCUUUCCCUAUCUCUCUCUUUCUUUCUCACUGCCUCUUCUCCUCUGUAAACCCUAGAAUCCAUAGACACUUACCUUCUGUAUUACCUUGACAUCACUUUAUGUAGAAACCCUAGAAGUUUCUAUCUUUGUCUAUCGUCGACCCUCUCUUCUGAGAGUUUUGCUUGUGAAGAGCCGGUGGACCUCGUUCCUGGUCAGUUGGCUGUGUAUCUCGAGAUGACGGUCAGUUAGUUUCUUAUACUGGGUUUGAUUAAUUUAUAAUGCUUCAGUUGCUUGUAUUUCAUCUGGAAUUGUUGUGGAAAGAAUUAACCAGUUGAGAUAAUCCAUGGAGUUCGAACCAUUGAACAUGGAAAAUGAGGUGAUUGAAUUCGAUAUGGGCUUGGCGGAUGACGUCGUCGACAUCGAACAUCCCGUUGAUGAGGAUGAUCAUGACAUGGUUGAGAGUUCAGCUGGCAGGGAAUUGUACAUCCCUGAGGGUGAUAUGAACUUUGAACCUUAUGAAGGGAUGGAAUUUGAGUCCGAAGAGGCUGCCAAGGCCUUCUACAAUUCCUAUGCUCGGAGAGUCGGUUUUAGCACCCGUGUUAGCAUGUCCCGUCGCUCCAGGAGGGAUGGAGCAAUCAUACAGAGAUCCUUUGUGUGCGCCAAAGAAGGGUUUCGAGUUGAGAAAGACAGGCAUGGCCGUGAAAGCAAGGUCAAACGGCCCCGGGCGGUGACCAGAGUUGGUUGCAAGGCCAUGUUGGUGGUCAAGAUACAAGAAUCAGGGAAAUGGGUUGUGUCCAGCUUCGAGAAGGAACAUAAUCACGAGCUUGUCCCAGCAGACAAGGUGCAUUGCCUCCGUUCCCACAGGCAUGUCUCCGGCUCUGCAAAGUCCUUAAUCGAUACAUUGCAAGGGGCUGGAAUUGGCCCGAGUGGGAUUAUGUCUGCGUUGAUUAAAGAAUAUGGCGGAACUAGCAACGUGGGUUUCACCGAGCGUGACUGCAGGAAUUACAUGAGAAGUAGUCGGCAGAGGACCCUUGGUGGAGAUACUCAGAUCCUUUUGGAUUAUUUAAAGCACAUGCAUGCCCAGAACCCGGCAUUCUUCUAUGCUGUGCAGGGCGACGAGGAUCAGUGUAUGAGCAAUAUUUUCUGGGCUGAUUCGAAGGCCAGAACUAACUACACUUACUUCGGUGAUACAGUUACCUUUGACACGACUUACAGGUCAAAUCGGUAUCGUCUGCCUUUUGCCCCAUUCACUGGUGUAAACCACCAUGGGCAGCCUGUAUUGUUUGGUUGUGCUCUCCUCAUAAAUGAGUCUGAAGCUUCUUUUGUUUGGCUUUUCAAGACCUGGCUUACAGCAAUGUCAGGACGCCCUCCAGUGUCGAUCACUACUGAUCAUGACAGGGUGAUACGGUCAGCCAUCACACAGGUAUUCCCGGAGACGCGUCACCGUUUCUGCAAGUGGCACAUCUUUAAAGAAGGCCAGGAGAAGUUGUCUCAUGUGUAUCUUGAGCACCCUACUUUUGAAGCAGAGUUCCACAAAUGUGUCAAUAUGGCUGAAUCCAUUGAAGAGUUUGAAUCUUGUUGGAUGGCCCUCAUUGAUAGGUAUAGCCUCCGGGAGCAUGAAUGGCUUCAAGCAAUAUACAAUGCUCGCAGGCAGUGGGUGCCAGUGUAUCUACGGAAUACAUUCUUUGCAGAAAUGUCAAUAACCCAAAGGAGUGACAGUAUGAACUCUUAUUUCGAUGGGUAUGUGAAUGCUUCUACCAAUUUACAGCUGUUGGUUAAACAGUAUGAGAAGGCACUGGAGAGCCGCUAUGAGAAAGAGGUGAAAGCUGAUUUCGAUACGAUGAACACUGCCCCUGUUCUGAAGACCCCUUCGCCCAUGGAGAAACAAGCUGCUGAGCUUUACACUCGAAAAUUAUUUGUGAAAUUUCAAGAGGAGUUAGUUGAGACUCUUACUUUCAUGGCAACCAAAAUUGAAGAUGAUGGGGCAAUGAAUACAUAUCGAGUAGCGAAGUUUGGAGAAGAUCACAAGUCUUACAUUGUCAGACUCAAUGUUCUUGAGAUGAAGGUAGCUUGUAGCUGCCAGAUGUUUGAGUUCUCAGGCCUUCUUUGCAGACACAUAUUGACUGUCUUUAGGGUCACAAAUGUUCUCACCCUUCCUUCGCACUACAUUUUGAAACGAUGGACGAGAAAUGCUAAAAGCGGGGUUAUAUUAGAACAACGUGCCAGUGAUCUGCUGAAUUCUCGAGAAUCUGUUACUGUGCGAUACAAUAAUUUGCGUCAGGAAGCCCUAAAAUAUGUAGAUGAAGGGGUGAAAACAAUUGACAUCUAUAAUGUGGCAAUGGGUGCUUUACAAGAGGCUGCAAGAAAAGUUGCUCUUGCUAAAAAGAAUGGUGGGAGACUUCCAUUGGUCAAUGGAACUAGUCGGGAAGACGGUGCAACUGAUGGAAGUCAGGGUCAUUGGGUUUCUAGUCAGCCACAGACUGCAGAUGAGAAGGAUAAGAAAAUUCAGGAACUCUCUCAUGAACUGGACCGUGCAACUCGGAAGUGUGAGGUGUAUCGAGCUAACCUGCUUACGGUUUUGAAAGAUAUUGAGGAGCAGAAACUACAACUAACUGUUAAAGUUCAAAACAUAAAGCUUGGUAUGAGAGAAUAAGUCACAUACAGGAUUCGGCAUAGUAUGUGGGUGAGGUUUUCUUGAAUUUUCUUUUUUCUCUUGUAUGUAAGGUAGUCUUGAUUAAUCUCUCUCUUUAUUUUCCUUUCGAUAAUUCUAGGGACUUUAGGUCUCGAUCUUAAAAUUUUCACUUUGAUAGUUGGGAGUGAGGUUUUCAUUGUAACUAUUUCAGAGGAUGGGUUUUCUUUUAUCUGUAAUUCUUACAAAGGAUGAUCGAUGAUCACUGUCUUGUUGAUCAUAUAGUGAGGAUCUGUAUAAAUCACAUGUAUUUUUGUACAUCAGACAGGCAGGAUUGGGGAGAGAAAGGUUGUGAAGUUAUUGGUUGGCUA